AAGUUGGGGCUAUCUACGUUGGGGGUUAUUCAAGGAGCACUAUGAUGGUGUUGGAGGUGGCGCCCCUGCCUAUGACUCAACCGGUGGUGGUACUGAAGGGACCCGCUGUUCUCUUAAGAUCAAGGGAAACCUUUUAAUGCCUGAUAGUUCUCCAUGCCAAAGUCAUCCUAACUCUGGUCCUGAUUCCGAUUGCCGCUUCGUUCCUGAUACUAGUGGACAAACUGCGACCGCUUCACUGUUAUUUGGAACCAAGGAUGCUCAUAUACAUUCGAUAGAGGAGUUUUGUAGCGACGAUCGAUCAGAUCCAAAUAACUUACACAAUCCAGAAGCACCAAACUUGAUGAAUAUUAAAUGCAGUGGUGACAGUGCUUGGAAGGUAAUGACAGAGCGAACAACAGACUUCACAGCAGGUAUCCAACCUGUCUCAAACACUACUCCUACAUUCGAUGUCAUCCAGCUAUCUACAAUCAGAAGUGUAGUACUUGUGCUUGACAUCAGUGGUAGUAUGAGGGGGAGCAGGUUUGACAGAAUGAUCCAAUCAUCUACUGACUACAUCAUGAAUGUUAUUCCAGACGGAAGCAAGCUUGGAAUAGUAGUCUUCAACAGUACAUCUGAAAUCAGAGCGAAUCUCACCGACAUUACUGACGCAGCCUCGAGGCAAAGUCUUGUCAACGUCUUGCCUCCAUCCGCUGGAGGCGGUACGUGUAUUGGAUGUGGAAUACUGUCGGCCAUUCAGGUACUGGGAUCAUACGCACGAGGCGGAUACAUUUUACUCCUCAGUGAUGGCAUAGAGGGUGGACCUAUAUUUAUCAGAGACACUUAUGACGACAUCGCGAACUCGAGUGUCAUUAUUGACACCAUCACUAUAAGCAGCUCAGCUGACCAGCAGAUGGAAGAUCUUUCCACCAUGACUUCUGGUAUCUCCAGCUUCUGUUCUGAUUCGGGAACUGGGACAUGUCUCAUCCAGGCUUUCCAGAGCACUAUAACAGAGAGACCUGGUGUCGGCGUUGGGACUGUUCCCAUACAGAUCUACAGUUCCGAGAUCGUAAUCGAAAUAUAUCCUGGUCUUGAGGUCGUCCCGGUAAUCAUCGAUUCCGCAUUGGGUAACGAGACGGUGAUCACUGUGAUAUGGACGACGAGUUCGUUGAUAUCGGUCGUAGUCACUGGACCAGACGGUACUCGCGUUGAUGAAUAUGAUCAACGUUAUAAUAUUGAUCCCAGCACGAAGAUUGUAACGAUCAACCUACCGCUAGCGCAGCCUGGUAGAUGGAAUGUUACCAUACACAACACCCGAGUAGCUACCGAGUACGCUAGUGUUGCAGUAACAUCUAAACCAAGCACGGAGGAAUACAAGCCAGUCACAGUUACUGUUCUACUAGGAUCACGUGAGGUGGACUUUUCUCAGACUCCGGCACUAGCUAUCUAUACUCAGGUUCAACAAGAUUAUCAACCUGUUCUCAAUGCUGACGUCACAGCUAUCAUUUCAGACUCCUCUUCCUCCACGACCACGAUGACACUGCUUGAUAACGGAUCAGGUUCAGACUUAUUCAAAGACGAUGGAACAUAUUCAGGGUUCUUUCUAAACUUCACUUCUGACGGCAGAUAUAACGUCAAGGUCAAUGUCCUCGGCUACGACGGCGUAGUCGAAAUCGCAGAGAAGGGAAGAAGCAGACGAUCGGCUCAAGUUGAGGUUGAGACCGUAACAGAGCCAUCUUUCAUGCGUACAGCAUCGGGAGGAGUCUUCAAAGUCCAGAGCUAUACUCCUAACGCUCCCGAUACCCUACCACCUUCUCGUAUCCAGGAUCUUGUCUACACCUCUUUCUCCUAUGACAACAGCACAGUGACCCUCCGCUGGACUGCUGUAGGAGAUGACAUGGACCAAGGAACAGCCUACAGUUACGAACUCCGCUAUUCCACCAACUUCUCUGAGGUACGGGACAACUUUGACAACAGUAACAGGGUCACUCAGGAUCAACUGGUAUAUGGGAACCUAUCCCAUAUCAAUCCACCAGGAGUUAUUGAGAGUGUCACUAUCACACUCCCAGAGAAAGGGGAAGAUAUCGUCUAUUACUUUGCUAUUCGGGCUUGGGAUGAGGCUGGGAACAUAGGACAGUUGUCCAACAUUGCGUCCUUGUCGAUUCGUUUCAUACCAUUAGCUGUAACUUCCACAGUGGACCCUACCGUGCUUGCUACUGAUGCAUUGACAGAGAUUGGUACUGUCUUAGACCAGACAGAAUUGAUUACCAACCUCGAUACUCUAGGGACCACCGAAGCUACAUCGGAAGUCACAGCUACAUCGUCGGACAUGUUGACUUUGAACACUGUCACGCCAGAUGGUCGAUCUUCUACACAGGUCCUAACGACGGAAGAUGUUUUUACAACCUUACAGGGACCAAGAAAUACACCAGGUGAAAUUACUACGGAGAAUAGGCCUACAACUACCGAUGCAUCUAUUCCAAGAACGAGUGAGCUAUUAAGUACUACAGGAGUCCUAACGUCAAACAACCCAGGAGGGCCUUUGAUAACCAGCACCAUCGAUCCUUCCACGACAACGCUUCAACAGAAUCUAGAGACCACAGAAGCCAAGGAACCUACACCAUCAGAACGAUCUCAAACAACGCUUCAACAGGACCCUGAGACCACAGAAGCCAAGGAACCAACUGGACAAGAAGACCAGGCCUUAAUCAUUGGUUUGUCUUGUGCACUAGGCGCAGUAAGCAUCGUGGCAGGUGUCAGUUUAAUGUACAUCUACUAUCUGAAGCACAGUCUCACCCAGGUGAAGCCUACCACACCGCCUAAAUCAGCAUGGACACAGCAGCAAGGGCUUCCUGACGUAGAGAUGGUACAACAGAGUCCUACCUAUGAUAACCCUACUUUCUCUACAGCUUGA